AUGGCAGCAGAAAACGCCGAUCAGGGCAGGCACCAAGAGGUUGGCCACAAGAGCCUUCUGCAAAGUGAUGCUCUUUACCAGUAUAUUCUUGAAACUAGUGUGUACCCAAGAGAGCCAGAGGCCAUGAAAGAACUCAGGGAAUUGACUGCCAAGCAUCCCUGGAAUAUUAUGACUACCUCGGCUGAUGAAGGGCAGUUCUUGAACAUGCUACUGAAAUUGAUCAACGCCAAAAACACAAUGGAAAUUGGUGUUUACACUGGCUACUCUCUCCUGGCCACUGCCCUGGCACUUCCAGAGGAUGGGAAGAUAUUGGCAAUGGAUAUUAACAGAGACAAUUAUGAAUUGGGUUUGCCCAUAAUUGAAAAGGCUGGGGUUGCCCACAAAAUUGACUUCAAAGAAGGCCCUGCUUUGCCUGUUCUGGAUCAAAUGAUUGAAGAUGGGAAGUAUCAUGGAACAUUUGAUUUCAUAUUUGUGGAUGCCGACAAGGACAAUUAUAUUAACUACCACAAGAGAUUAAUUGAUCUGGUCAAAGUUGGGGGAGUGAUUGGGUAUGACAAUACCUUGUGGAACGGGUCUGUAGUGGCCCCACCAGAUGCACCAAUGAGAAAGUAUGUUAGGUAUUACAGGGAUUUUGUGUUGGAGCUUAACAAGGCUUUGGCUGCUGAUCCAAGGAUCGAGAUCUGCAUGCUUCCAGUGGGUGAUGGAAUUACCCUGUGCCGCCGUCUUAGCUGA